UUGGAAGCUUUGGAGGAUAUUGAAAUUGAGUGUGAUGGCUACUGGGAGCUCAGAAAUGCUAUCAAGGGAGCAAUUGCUCCAUCUCUUUGAUCGAUUCGCAUUCCUUACCUCUCAGCCUGAAGUGAAGAAAAGAAUUGCAGAUGGGGUUGAGGAUAAACAGGAAGCUGUAGCUGUGACCACUGCCAUCCAAGAAGAGAUAUUUGUGGAAAUGGGUAUUGAUCCAAGGUUUGGCAUAUCAUGCCUGGGAAAGGUGAAUUUGAAGUACGAGAAUGAUCAGGAUAUGAUGAUUCGCUUCUAUAAGUUCAUUGAAAGGGAAGAGUUGGCCUGUGAUGAAGCUGAGCUUGGAGCAAAUGAGUUUGCUGAAAGGAUGCAGAUUCAAGAGAAACUACAUGAACAGCAACUGGAGAUGCUAAAGCACAUGCGCAAAUAUCCCCUGGAUGAUCAGUCUGCAAUCCUUGAGAAGUUGCGCCAGCAGAUGGAAAUUGGCAACUUUGAGGAUGCUGCAUCAGGAUUGUCAUCAGAACAGAUUCAGGAGAUUGUUCGAAGGAGGGUGUCACCUUUAUUUAACCCAAAGUAGAUAGAUUGGGAUGCAUUUCAAUAUAGCAUGUCUCAAGACUAAUAGGUCGUUCUGGCCCCUCCGAUUUCCAUGUAAUCGACUAAUGGUUGUUUGUUGCAGUAAUACCAGACUGAAAAAGGCCUUG